AUGCCUUCACUAACUAAGGUCCCAGACUCAACUCUCUACUUGGAGAAGGCAAGCCAUAAAUGCUAUUCCAUCAUGUUAGUGCCCCCACUUGGUACUAAUACUAAGAAAGUGCGAGUGUCACCACAGCCAGAAAAAGAAAGGAAGAACAAAACAACACAUGAUAGGAUAAUGGCAUGGUCACUCACGCUGCCACCACCUCCUUCCCUUCUCACCUUCCACGCCCACACUUCCCGCUCUCUCUUUCCCGAUGGAGUAUCCUUCACCAGGCUCCGCCAUCGCCCAAUCCUUUCCCUUGUUCCGUCCGCGGGGAACAAAGACGCAGACCUGCGUGUCUCUUCUCUGCCGGAUCAGCAACGUGAUGACGAUGGUGAUGAACCAACCCCUCAGGACCUUCAAUACGUUGCCCAAGUCAAAAGGGUUUUGGAGCUUCUCAGGAAAAACCGGGACAUGCUCUUCGGUGAGGUCAAAUUAACCAUAAUGAUUGAGGACCCCAGAGAAGUUGAGAGAAGAAGAUUACUUGGUAUUGAAUAUUCUGAAGGCCCAACAAGAGAUGAUCUAGUUGAUGCUUUGGAAGAAGUCAAUGAAGGAAAGAUUCCAAAGAAUAGAGCUGCACUCCAGAUGCUUGCUGAGGAAUUGACUUUGUGGCCUAAUAUAGAGGAUGAAGCACCUAAGAAAAAGCGUGGCAAAUCUCUCUACGCCAAAGCCACUGACACUGGAAUCGAUCCUGAAGUGGCUGCAAAGAAACUAAACACUGAUUGGGAUUCAGCUGCUGCUGAAAUUGAAGAGAUGAAUGUUGACGAUGAGACAGGAGUGCCUCCAGUAGUGGGCUAUGGAGCACUAUAUUUGGUCUCGGCUUUCCCCAUUAUUAUAGGAAUUUCCGUAGUUCUGAUUUUGUUUUACAACUCCCUCCAGUAG